AGUUUCCUAUUAAUGGAUCUAAUACAACUUGAUUCUAAAGUUACCAAACAUGGGAGGGCUAUUAAUCCCUGAUGUGGCUAGGGCAGCUGGCCCAUGGCUGUUGGUUUCUGGUCGCUGGGAUUUUGAGGUUUCCGGUGGUUCCAAUAGAAUGGGGCGGUUAUCGUUUGAGUUUCAGACUCUGAAGCCAUAUCCAAUCAAAUUCAUAUUUUCCUCCUCUCCCUCUAACUCUCCACAGAUAAUUCGCAAAACCCAUUGUCUUUUCCACUCUCCGAGACUCACCGGAGCCAUUGAGUUUCCUCCUCUUCUUCUCGUUCGUUCUCAUUCCCCCGUCCGGUCUCCUUACAUAUGCAAGUCAAACGGAUCAGAUAUUAUUUCACAGCUGGAACUUGGGAAACCGGAAGACCAACCAAAGCCUGUGAAGCGCGUUAAUGGGGUGUUUUGGAUUAUACUUGUAAAUCUUGGAAUAUUUGUUGCAGACCACUUGCUUCAGGUUCGUGGCAUUCAAUCUCUGUAUUUGUAUCAUAAUUGGCCUGCUUGGUACCAAUUUAUAACAGCAACAUUUUGUCAUGCUAAUUGGAAGCAUCUUUCAAGCAACCUUUUCUUCUUGUACAUUUUUGGGAAGCUUGUUGAAGAAGAGGAAGGAAAUUUGGCAUUGUGGCUCUCUUACAUUGUCACAGGGGUUGGAGCGAACAUUGUUUCAUGGCUGGUUUUACCAAGAAAUGCAGUUUCUGUUGGAGCUUCUGGUGCUGUUUUUGGGUUAUUUGCAAUCAGUGUCCUUGUAAAGAUGUCAUGGGACUGGAGGAAGAUCCUUGAAGUGCUGAUAUUGGGCCAAUUCGUCAUAGAAAAGGUGAUGGAAGCAGCCCAAGCUUCAACCGGACUGUCAGGCACUUCCUAUGCCUUGCAGAGUGUCAAUCACAUUGCCCAUCUCUCUGGUGCCCUUAUUGGUGUUCUUCUCGUAUGGCUUCUCAGCAGAGUUCCUUCUGAACCUCCUGAUGAAGAAGUAUCCAAUUUCCAGAAAAAGAAGGGUAGAAAUACUUAAGAAGUUCUCGCGGCGUAGAGGUAUCCAACUAUGAUAGAGCUAUGGAGAGCAAAACCAGGGACGAGCCAGCAGGGAGGGUGUUUAUGACGAGUAGAUUGUUGAGGCAUUACAAUGCAGGAAACACAAUCUGCUUAACAAUUGCAUUUAGGAACAAGUUAAUUGUGUGAAUUUGUAUUAUUUACAUAUUCUGAAUAGCUUCCAAAUAAUUUUGGUAUUUAUGAAGAAGUAAAGCCAGCGAAGUUCUUAUUGAGUUAAUGCAUAUUUUCAAUCGGCCCAGCACCCUGUGUCAUUCUGAAU